AUGGCUGAAUCCCAUGAUUCCCUCCACUACCUCCAAUGUAAGCUAAGUUAUAUUAGACUGACCAAUCUCGGCAACGUUGGUCUCACAAGGAACCUCUUGAUAAGAUGCUACAUCUCUGCUGGAAGUGGAAGGAGGAUUCAGAUUGACACCAAUGAAAUCCCAUCGAGGGAUGAUCUAACAUGGGAUUGCAUAGCAUCAGUGGAGUGUCAGGGGCCCUCGAUCCAGAUACAAGAGCUACUAGAGAAACACAGCGUCGUGUUCGAGCUACGCCGGAGGAAAGAGAUGCCGGUUCUUGGGAGGUCAGCAAGGUCUGAGCUUUUAGGUAGAGCUGAGAUUGCAUGGAGAGAAGUAUGGGGGUCAAAUGACAUGUCAAUGGAGAGACAGAUAAGUCUAGAUAUGACAAAAUGUUCGCCCGGGGCCGUUAAGCCACCUGUUUUGGUGGUCGGGAUGGAGGUUGGAGUCUCAAAGCCAGUGGAUAAUGGGAGAGUUGGCAGAAGGGUAGAGUGGAAGGAGGGAUGUGGCUGUGGAGACUGUGAGUGGUAUAUGGGCGAGGACGAGAAGAGUGUGUCUGCAAUUGCUGGAGCAGUGGCAGAUGAUGCGUGCUAG